GUGGCCGGCUUUGGCUCCAUAACCACCGCAACUGGCAUGCGCGUGGGCACACUCAAUCACUAGCUAGCGGCAAGCGAGCUUAGUCUGAGUGGUGUAGGGUGGUCACUGCUAGCUGGAAUUCGAUCAUGGAUAUCGCGGGGAUGUUCCGGCCAGCUCUCGAGAAGAUCAAGUCUUCCAUCCCUUCCGCCGCUGACUACGCCCGCGUCCUCACCGGCUCCUUCAACGACCGGACUAGCCUGCUGCUCGGCGCCGAGCUCGCCGGGCGCCCAGCGCAGGCGGAGGAGGAGCCCGCUCCUCCGGCGCAAGAACAAGAGGCGGCGCCGACAUCGAUCACGACCGUCGUCCACGCGUUCGACAUCGAGGCGGCGACGCCGCUGCAAGCCGCCGCCUCCGCCGGCGAAGGAGGACGCGACCAGGAGCCGGCCGACCAGCUGGACGCGGAGUCGAGGCGCGUGGCGAAGAGCGUCCAGACCGUGUGCCUCUUCGCCGCGUCGGCCUCGCUGGUGCUGUUCGUCAACCGCCCCAGCAGGGACGACUCCCCGAGCCAGCAGAGCAAGCAGCCCGCCGGCGCCGCCGCCCUGUACAGCGCGGGCCUGGCGUUCAUCAGCCUGGGCUUCUUCUCGAGCCUGGUGCUCUCAAUGUUCUCGAUCGUGGCGAGGCCCGGCGAGGCGGCGGUGGCCAGGGUGCAGAAGUGGGGGAUGAUGGUGGCCGUCGCGUCCGUGGUCGUGGCGUUCACGCUGCGCAUGUGCAUGGUGAUGCUCCCCGCAGCGUCGCUGUAGCCUCUGGCCCGGCGUACGCGCUUCGUCUUCGUCCUUCUCGCCGGCGCUCUGGGAUUUUGGCGAUGGAUGAUUUGCCCGAUCUAGCCCCGAGACAUCGACCUGUACAAGCCGACGACCGGGACUAGAAGUUGACACAGCUUUGCAUGCAUUCACGAUUUGUUAUUAUAUAUAUAAUGAACCUGUGCAUAAUGUCUAUGAAUAUAUAUGGUGCCCAACUGCCGAUCGUCCCAGACGUUACAAACUCA